AGCAUCUCAUUCCUCGCCAGCCGGAUCACUGGGAGCAUCAAGAUUUUGACCGCGCGGUGCUCUUUAUCAGAGAGAAGAAGAGUUGAUAAGAAAUGGCAGCGAUGGAGAAGCGCGUCACAGCGCGCGUCAGGUGGAUCGAAUGGUCUCGAGCUCAGCGCGACGUGGCCACGUGAUUUUAUUAAUAGGGUUGCUGAUAGAGUUGGUUGUACCUGAGGUGGACACACUCACCUGAGCGAACGACAGAUAGAGAGAGAGAGAGAUGUACACAGUGGUGUUGCUCUCCUCCUCUCUGUUUCUCCUGCAUGUGACCUGCACGCCUCAGAUUCACGGUCACCACGGGAGGAGAGUGUGUGUUGGAGAUGCUUGGAGUCGUCGUGUGUCUCGCAGCACAGAGUCGUUUCUUCAGCCCGUACACAAACCCUACAUCACCAUGUGCCAAAACCACCGCAUGUGUAGCACAUACAAGACAAUCUACAGGGUUUCUUACAGGCAGGUGAGCAGAGCAGCUCCUAAUGAACUCUUUUACCCAGAAUGCUGUCCGGGAUGGCGACGCAUGCAUUCACACAACUGUAACCAAGCGGUGUGUGCGCAGUCUUGUGCAAACGGAGGCUCUUGUGUAAGGCCUAAUCACUGUGCAUGUCUAAAAGGAUGGACGGGAAGAUACUGUCAAACAGAUGUGGAUGAGUGUAAGGAAGGUCAUCGGUGCUCACAGAAGUGUGUGAAUACGGUGGGGAGUUAUCGGUGUGUGUGUCAGGACGGAUUCAGUCUGGCUGAAGAUGAAAUAACGUGUUCAAGAAUUCCUGCUCCCUCCCCGCCGCCCACAGGGCCUCCAAAAGCAGACGAGCGCUCAUCCAGAAGCCAUGCUGGUGGAGGAUUGGGAUUGGUGGAAAACGUUACCGAAGAAGUUCAGAUCCUUAAAAACAGAGUGGAGCUCCUCGAGCAGAAACUUGAGAUGGUUCUGGCUCCCUUCACUACGCUCUUCCCCUUGGAUGGUGUGGGAGACACUAACAGCUUCCUGCCUGAGAGGACCAACUUCCUGUCACAUUCUCUGCAGCAACUAGACCGCAUCGACUCGCUCAGUGAGCAGGUCGGAUUCCUGGAAGAGCGUAUCGGAGCCUGUGCCUGCCAGGAGAACUAGACGAUCAAAGAUGGGCUGGAUCCUCUGAAACAAGUGAUAAAGUCUACAUGAACAACACUGAUCAAAGGCCUGACCCCUGUAAACAUGUUGAAUUCACUCAAAAAGCAUGUAGGG